AUGAACGCACUCACAGUUGUUGCCCUGCUGCUCUACUUCCUGUUGGCAGCGUUGGUCCAAUCAGCUCCCGUCAGCUCGCCGUCCAACCCAUCGCAGGCGUUCAGAGAGGCGGCCGGGCGAGCGAAGACGCUGGUGGAGAAAAUCCUGAAAGACAUCCCUGCCGUCCACACCACCGUCAUCACCACCGAGGGUUUGACCCUCGACCCCUCCAGUCAGACGACAAACCUGCAGAUGAUGGUGAUGGAGCUGGGAAUCCCCGCUGCCCCCGUCCUCAAACCGCUGUCUGAGAGCUUCACACUGGACAUGUGUGUGAGUCGUAUGCGGGUGGGGGGCCGGCUGUACCAGGAGCUGCUGGUAGUUCUGUCCAACAAACUGGGCGGACUGCAGGACCUGAGUGCCGACCUGAGAGACCUGCUGACCCACAUCAACAAGAUGAAGGAGGCGGCUCAGCUGAGCGGCGACUCUUCGGAUCAGAACAGCCUGGACUUGGCUUCUCGUCUCCACGGCACCUACGAGAUCCAGGUGGCGGCUCACCUGACGCUGACGCAGCUGCGCUCCUUCUGUCACGACCUGAUCCGCAGCCUGAGAGCCAUCGCCGCCUACAGGCCAGUGGCUGCAGGGACACGUUAAGCUCCGCCCACUGGCAGACACGCAGCGCUGUGUUCCAGGACGCGCAGGAUCAGAUCUGCUGGGGAGAAACUUUAUCGAUCGUGGAAUUGCUGACAGUCAAACAAAAGCGCAACAGUUUAUGUUCUUCAUCAUCAUCUUCUUCGUCUGCUGAGGCAUCAGGACGCGUUUCAUCACCUGAAACAAACUUUAACUGACAGGAUGUUUCAGAAUCAUCCGCCUUCUCCAGACAUUCACGAAGCCGACGUGCUGAAGCUCAUUUCUGUUUGUGGCAGCAGAGCAGACGGGACCAAAAAUACUCGUCAGUUAAUUUUAGAUUAAACACAGGAUGUUCUGGAGUUUGUGCUCCUCUUCAGCAGCUGCAGGAAAGCACGCAGCCUGACUUUAAGCCUGAUGUUUUAUUGUGAAGGCUGCCUUUCUGGGCUCAGUUUCCUGUGUUGUGUGUUGCAGCACAUCGAGGCACUCUAUCAGUCAGGGAUCAGCUGGGAAAAGACAGCAGGAAUGUGAUGAAUGCCAGAUUUUUCCAGUAAAGAAGAAAAAGAGCUAAGUGCAGGUCUGAACCUGCUCAGCAGCUCGUUCUUCUUCUUCUGCGCCCGAGGUUAUUCACACGCUUCUCUGCAGCUGCUCCAAUGUGGCGACGCUGCAGAGCAACCUGCAGACGUUUGAGGAGGCAGAACCAGCAGCUCGCCUCCACAUCUCCACUUCAUCCCAGAGGAGUUUCAUUUCAAUCCAAACCACGGCUGAUCCCUUCUGAGUGGAAACAUUUAAAGCUCUGAAACAGCUUCGAUGCAACUUUCAGAUUUCACCAUUUUUACUUUUCAGAACAAAUGAGUGCAGAAAAUAAUCAUUCAAUCAAUAAUAUUAAAAAGUCUGUGUUAAACAACUGACUCAAAUGAUGAGGUGACUUCCUGCUGCUGCCACUUCUGAGUAAAAGCUUCAGUAGAACCUGAUUGUGCAGCUUUUAUUUUGAAGCCACAGCAGCAGGAAAUGACUCCAUCCUGUCAACAAAGUGCCAAAACACAUUUUUAUUUAUGUGUAUUUAUUAUUUAUUUCAAAAUUACUUUUUUUUUAAAUUCAAAAACAAAUACUGUGUUUAUAGUGUUUAUCUAUCAUCUCUUUAUUUAUUGAUAUUUAUUCACU